CAGCCGGCGGGGGCUGCGGCACACAGGCGCGGGAGCCAGCACGGUGUCAAGUGCAGCUCGGAGGCAGGAACCGGCCGAUUUGUAUUCUACCCUUUCUUCCAUCUGCACCCAGUUGUCUCCAGCAUGGGGGAACAGAACCACUCUCCUGGGAAUGAGCUUCAGCACUGGACACAAUCAGAAACUCCUGGAAAGAAAAUCUGGCACUCCCAGGCCUACGCCCUUGGGGCCAUUUCCAAUUUUAUGUCUACUUUUCUGACCUUUCCUAUUUACAAGGUUGUGUUCCGGCAACAGAUCCAUGCUAUGGCAGUGUCAGAGGCUCUGCGACAGCUUUGGCAUGAAGGCCCCCAGUACUUCUACCGGGGAAUCUACCCACCUCUUCUCUCCAAGACGUUGCAAGGGACUCUACUGUUUGGGACUUACGAUAGCCUGCUGUGCUCUCUCUCCCCUGAUGGUCCACACUCCCUGGGACACCGCUGGGCUGCGGGGCUCAUGUCUGGUGUUGUGGAGGCUGUGGCACUCAGCCCCUUUGAAAGAGUACAAAAUGUGCUCCAGGAUGGUCGCAAGCAAGCUCGCUUCCCUACCACCUUCAGCAUUCUCAAGGAAUUCAACUCAUAUGGGCUUUGGGGGCGGCUGUCACUAGGCUACUAUCGUGGUUUCUGGCCUGUUCUUCUCAGGAACAGCCUGGGGAGUGGUCUGUAUUUCUCCUUCAAGGACCCUAUCCAGGAUGGCUUGGCAAAGCAAGGGCUACCCCACUGGGUUCCUGCCUUGGUGUCUGGGAGUGUCAAUGGAACGAUCACCUGCUUAGUUCUCUAUCCUCUGAUUGUGCUGGUUGCCAAUAUGCAGUCCCAUAUUGGCUGGCAGAGCAUGCCCAGCCUGUGGGCCUCUGCCUGGGACAUGUGGGACACUCGGGGCCGAAAGGUGUUCCUGAUUUAUCGUGGAGGCUCCCUCGUCAUCCUAAGGUCCAGUGUAACAUGGGGCCUCACUACUGCUAUCCAUGACUUCCUUCAGAGGAAGUCUCGUUCCAGGGAAGAGCUGAAAGACUGAGUAGCUGCAAGAAGUGUGGCCAUGGCAAGUUUGUUAUUCUAAGUUUAAAUAGCUUAGUUCUUUGGCUUGGUUACCUAAUACAAUUAUUCUUUAGCAUCUUUGAACUGUCAGUGCACUAGAGAAGUUCCCAACCACCAGCUUGUAGGGCACAAACAAAGCCCAGCUGGCAUUCCUUGGUCACUCCUGUCUAUCCACAGCUUCAACAGCCUUAUACCCAGGAGGCCUUUAAAGAACUUGUAACCCAGAAGAAAUGUUAUUCCUUAAGGAAUUCUUUGACGAUAAGGGGAAACGUUAAAAGAAGUUUCCUCUUUGACAAUAAGAGGAAACUUUAAUAAGGCACUGUGAGUUUUGGAACUUUUCCAGUUAUCCUCUGCACCAAACUGAGUGGAGGACCAGACGCUCUAAUUUUAAAUAAAUAAGCUUGACUCUUAGGAUGGGGAUUACAUAGGACUUCUCAUAUGGCUACAUUUUUAUGACAUUGUUCAUACACCUACCACCACUACUCUCACUUCUCACAGUUGUAGGUCCUAGCUUUAGGGUAGCAGUUAUAGCUGGAAAUCCUAAAUUAGACUUGCUUCAAGUGAUUAGGUGCCACACGAACUGGUGGGCUGGAGGUGAGAGUGAGUACAGCUGUGGUCCCUAGAUGGAUAAAAAUAAUAGACUUUGAGGGAAGAGAUAUAGUUGCGUGUAAAAUAGAAAAAAAAUUACUAUAGAUUGCUUGGGGUUAUCUACUGUGACAUUUUUUAUUGCAAAGCAAUGACAUUGCCUAGAAACCACUUUAGUUUCCCUAAGAAGUCUGGAAGUGAAAUGACCAUAUCUCUUCACAGAUCAUUUCAUAUUCUAUUGUUGUAGAUAUAUAAUUACUGUGACAUAGAUGAAAGAUCAGAAAUCUUAACCUGUAGUUCAGAGCCAUUCAAAAUAUGGUACACAUUUAACUUUCAGCAUUUUAUCACACCACUCCCACUUACUUAGGUUUCAUACACCAGCCAAACUGUUGUUUUUUCCCCUAAAAGGUCACAAAUGUUCCUGUGGCCAUGUUUUCGCCCAUACUUAAUUCUCUUUGUCUCCAGUGCCUCUUUUCCAUAUGCCACUCUGCGAAAAUCUUUCCACAACCUCAAAGCCCAGCUUAGAUGCCAUCUUCACUGUGUAUUCUCUCCUGAUUUCCCACAACCAAAUGUGACCAUAGUCUCUUGUGAUAACAUUUUGUACAUGGCACUGAUUCCAUUAUGUCACUGAUCUCAUGUGGCCCUGUGUACUUGGUGUUCCUCAACACCUCCUACUAGACUGUAAAACUCCUUAAAAGCAGGAAUUCUUGUACACAUUUUAAAAUCUCCUUUUGUGCCUAGGUGCUCAAUAAUGUUAGUUGAAUUAUUGAAUUAAUUACCAAGCUGUGAUAUGGUCAUUAUCUUCAGGGUGCUGUCUUUUGUACAUGAAGAUAAUGUUAACGACUCACUGUCUGUAAGACACAUACUUUUGGGGUGUAAUUUUGUUUUAUUAGUGGAUUUAGUUUUGUGCUAAUGAUAA